CAGUCAGCCACUGUCUAUCCACCCAACCAGCCACUGACUGAAGCUUCACCAUCCCCAUCCCUCCCAUGGCCAUGGCCGCCGCCGCCGCAACUUCGCCGCCGCCGCCGCCGCCGCCACCGCCCACGCACCCACCUCCCACCUCGGCGACAGUCCGCUCCCUGACCGCCGCGGGCAACCACGCCGCCGCCCUCCGCGCGCUCUCCUCCAUCACCAUGGCGUCGCCGCAGCAGCAGCUCGACCACUCGGCGCUCCCGCCCGCCAUCAAGUCCGCCGCGGCCCUCCGCGACGCCCGCUCCGCCCGCGCCAUCCACGCCGCCGCGCUCCGCCGCGGCCUGCUCCACCGCCCCUCCCCGGCCGUCGCCAACGCGCUGCUCACCGCCUACGCGCGCUGCGGCCGCCUCGCCGCCGCGCUCGAGGUGUUCGGCUCCAUCUCCGACUCCGCGCAUGACGCCGUCUCCUUCAACUCCCUCAUCUCCGCGCUCUGCCUCUUCCGCCGCUGGGACCACGCGCUCGCCGCGCUCCGCGCCAUGCUCGCCGGCGGCCACCCGCUCACUUCCUUCACGCUCGUCAGCGUCCUCCGCGCCGUCUCCCACCUCCCCGCCGCCGCCGCCGCCGUUCGCCUCGGCCGCGAGGCGCACGCCUUCGCGCUCAAGAACGGCCUCCUCCAUGGCCACCAGCGCUUCGCCUUCAACGCGCUCCUCUCCAUGUACGCCCGCCUCGGCCUCGUCGCCGACGCGCAGAGGCUCUUCGCCGGCGCCACGCCCGGCCGCGGCGACGUCGUCACGUGGAACACCAUGGUCAGCGUGCUCGUGCAGAGCGGGAUGUUCGACGAGGCCGUCCAGACGCUCUACGACAUGGUGGCGCUCGGCGUGCGGCCCGACGGCGUCACGUUCGCGAGCGCGCUCCCGGCGUGCUCGCGGCUAGAGCUGCUCGACGUCGGCCGGGAGAUGCACGCCUACGUCAUCAAGGACGACGAGCUCGCCGCCAACUCGUUCGUGGCGAGCGCGCUGGUGGACAUGUACGCCACGCACGAGCAGGUGGGGAAGGCGAGGCAGGUGUUCGACAUGGUGCCCGACUCCGGGAAGCAGCUCGGGAUGUGGAACGCCAUGAUCUGCGGCUACGCGCAGGCCGGCAUGGACGAGGAGGCGCUUCGUCUGUUCGCGCGGAUGGAGGCAGAGGCCGGCUUCGUGCCCUGCGAGACCACCAUGGCCAGCGUGCUGCCGGCGUGCGCGCGCUCCGAGGCGUUCGCCGGCAAGGAGGCCGUGCACGGGUACGUGGUGAAGCGCGGCAUGGCGGGCAACCGGUUCGUGCAGAACGCGCUCAUGGACAUGUACGCGCGCCUCGGCAAGACGGACGUCGCCCGCCGGAUCUUCGCCAUGGUCGACCUCCCUGACGUCGUCUCCUGGAACACCCUCAUCACCGGCUGCGUCGUCCAGGGCCACGUCGCCGACGCGUUCCAGCUCGCCCGCGAGAUGCAGCAGCUAGAAGAAGGCGGCGUGGUGCCGAACGCCAUCACCCUGAUGACCCUCCUGCCGGGGUGCGCCAUCCUGGCGGCGCCGGCGAGGGGGAAGGAGAUCCACGGGUACGCGGUGAGGCACGCGCUGGACACGGACGUGGCCGUCGGGAGCGCGCUGGUGGACAUGUACGCCAAGUGCGGGUGCCUGGCGCUGUCGAGGGCGGUGUUCGACCGGCUGCCGCGGCGGAACACCAUCACCUGGAACGUCCUCAUCAUGGCGUACGGCAUGCACGGGCUCGGCGGCGAGGCCACGGUGCUGUUCGACCGGAUGACGGCGAGCGGCGAGGCGAGGCCCAACGAGGUGACCUUCAUGGCGGCCCUGGCGGCGUGCAGCCACUCCGGCAUGGUGGACCGUGGGCUGCAGCUGUUCCACGCCAUGGAGCGCGACCACGGCGUCGAGCCGACGCCGGACAUCCUCGCCUGCGUCGUGGACAUCCUGGGGCGCGCCGGCAGGCUGGACGAGGCGUACGCCAUGGUGACCUCGAUGGAGACCGGCGAGCAGCAGGUGUCGGCGUGGAGCACGAUGCUCGGCGCGUGCCGGCUCCACCGCAACGUCCACCUCGGCGAGAUCGCCGGCGAGCGGCUGCUGGAGCUGGAGCCGGAGGAGGCGAGCCACUAUGUGCUCCUCUGCAACAUCUACUCCGCGGCCGGGCAGUGGACUCGGGCGGCGGAGGUGAGGAGCAGGAUGCGGCGGCGAGGCGUGGCGAAGGAGCCCGGGUGCAGCUGGAUCGAGGUCGACGGCGCGAUCCACCGGUUCAUGGCCGGCGAGUCGGCGCACCCGGCGAGCGAGGAGGUGCACGCGCACAUGGAGGCGCUCUGGGGGGAGAUGGUGGCGCGCGGGUACACGCCGGACACGUCGUGCGUGCUCCACGACAUGGACGACGGCGACAAGGCGGCCGUGCUCCGGUGCCACAGCGAGAAGCUCGCCAUCGCGUUCGGGCUGCUCAGGGCGGCGCCGGGCGCCACCAUUAGGGUGGCCAAGAACCUGAGGGUGUGCAACGACUGCCAUGAGGCGGCCAAGUUCUUGUCAAAGAUGGUCGGGAGGGAGAUCGUGCUCAGGGAUGUCAGAAGGUUUCACCAUUUCCGCAACGGCCAAUGCUCCUGUGGGGAUUACUGGUAGUGAAGUACUAGUCUCUCAAAUUAAUGAUGAAUUAUAUAUAGCAUCUAAUACACAUGGUUAAGAACAAAAAUGAUAUACUCAUUCACAUAAGGUGUUCUUGUAACUCGAUUAAUUUACAGCAAAUGUUCAGUUCAUUUGUUGCCACUGGAGAGACGGGGAAGAGAGAAGAGUGGGGAGGAUGGAUGAAGAUGGAAACGUGGGGAUUGGAGGCAAAUGUAUUUUAGAUGCAUCUAAAACUAUAGAAUUAUAUCCUAUGUUAGAUUUAAUGAAA